GCGGUUAUUAAUAUCAUGAAUAAAAUAUUAGGGCUUAAAUGUCCGCCAUGUUGAUCGGUUACUUUGGCACUUUAAUAACGUCUCGUCUGUGUGAUUGUGUUGCUCAGUGAGGCUUUAGUUUUAUUAGAGCGUUAAUCUAUUGUGUCAAAUCAAAUUACUCUACAAGAUUCUCUGGUGCGAGUAUUUAUUUUAAGAUUAGAUUAAAUUUGGUACGUACCAUAAAUCACGUAAAGAAUGUUAUGCUUUGUGUGCAAAACCAACCACAGUAAUUUAGAAAAACUUGUUAGGCAUUUUAAAUGUUGCCAUAACCUAAACAGUAACUCGACAUUUAGAUGCUAUGAGUGCGGUCAGUGCUUUCAAAAUUUAUCAUCCUUCAAAAGGCAUAUGAAUCGCAAACAUCUCGUAGAUGAAGUUCUUGUUAAUUGUACAGAUAAAGGCAACGAUGAUUUUACUAUAAACAUGGACAUUCCAGUGACAUCGGAUAACAGUCUUCUAUCAGAUAGUAAUUGUCCUAGGUCAGUUUUUGUUGAUAACAAAACACCAGGAGACAAAAUUGAUGAGGAAAUUCAAAACGAGCCUGAGCAAUUUAAUUUUGAUUCUUUACAUAAAAAAGUUGAAAACGCUGCGUUACAAUUUUUACUUUCGCUGCACAAUAACGAUAAUUUUACAAGAAAGGAUGUUCUACAAAUUCAAAACAUUGCGAAUGGAUAUUUACUCGAACCACUAUUAGAUAUGUUUAUGAAUUUUGCUAAAUGCAACAUUCAAUACCAAAAUCCGGCCUUAUACAACGAAAUGUCUAGUCUAAUAUCGAACUGUAGAAAUCCAUUUAAAGCUUUCAGCUCGGAUUAUUUGUUUCAUAAAAUAUUAACAAAUAAAGGAUGCGUUAAUACUCUCAAGGAAAUUACUAUCAAUAAUGAGGUACGACCAGUGCAUCGAGCGGGGAAUCUGAUAACUCAAGAAACAAAAAUUAAAGGCAUCGUAAUGCCUUUAAAAUUUCAAUUCAAAGCAUUUUUCGAAAAAAAUAAACUACUAGAACCUACUUUGGCUUAUAUGAAAGAUCUGGAAGUAAAUAAUACGUUUACAAAUUUCAUGCAAGGUGAAUUAUGGAAAAAUAAAAUCAAAUUAUACCCAGGAAAAAUUACGAUUCCUUUUUUCUUAUAUAUAGACGAUUUUGAGAUAAAUAAUCCCCUUGGUUCACACUCAUCAAAACAUUCCGUAUGUAACAUAUAUUAUUCAUUUCCCUGCCUACCAGUACAAGAAUCUAAAUUGGAAAAUAUUUUUUAUGCAGGUGUGAUAAAGUCUAAUGAUCUAAAAACUUUCGGCAAUGAAAAUUGUUUUGAAUAUUUAAUAGAAGUACUAAAAGAUCUUGAAAUUAAUGGUAUACUGAUUGAAAGCCAUGACAAUAAAAGUGCUAAUGUCCAUUUUAUAUUAGGAUUAGUAAUCGGUGAUAAUUUAGGUUUAAAUUCGUUUCUCGAUUUUAGCAAAUCAUUUUCCAGCAACUAUUUUUGCAGAUUAUGUCGAGCCUCAAAAGCAGAUACCCAGAAAAUGAGUUACGAAAAUACCGAACUAAAUCGAACUGUUGAAAACUAUGAGCUCGAUGCUUCCAAUACAAAUAGUAUGAUGGGAAUUAGUAAAAUAUCUCUGCUUAAUAAUAUUCCUUCAUUUCAUGUCGUAACAAACUACUAUGCUGAUGUUAUGCAUGAUCUGUUUGAAGGGAUAUGUCAUUAUGAUUUAUGUCACAUCAUUGAAUAUUUCAUAACUAUGAAAUAUUUUGACUUGGAUGGUUUAAAUGACCGAAAACAAAAUUUUGAGUACGGCCCAAUAGAUAUUAACACAAUCUGUGGAAAAAUAGAGCCACACCAUCUUAAGAAAAGAAAACUGAAAAUGUCAGCUAGAGAAAUGAUGACAUUUAUUUUAUACUUUCCCAUUAUGAUUGGAGACUUAGUUCCCUCGGAUGAUACCGUUUGGCGAUUUCUUGUAAAUUUUGUUGAAAUCAUAGAUAUACUACUCUGUUUCGAGAUUGAUGUACCUAACAUUUUAUUAUUAGAAAAUAAGAUUAAAGAUCACAACAGAGACUAUACUGCACUUUUUAACGAUACACUGAAGCCAAAACAUCAUCUAUUAACCCACUAUCCAAAAAUAAUAAGACAAUCAGGACCAUUAAGAAAACUAUGGUGUUUCAAAUUUGAAUCCAAGCAUAGGCAAUUCAAAAUCUAUUCACACUGUAUUACAUCAAGAAAGAAUAUUUGUCUUACACUAGCUAAGAAAUAUGAGUUAAAAUUUGCCUUCCAAAUCAUGAACACUAAAAACUUUUUCUCAUUAAAGGGAUUGAUUUGUGACGAAAAUUUUAGAGUACAAAGUAAUUACCAAAAUAUUAUUAGACACAAAUUAAAUUUUUUUGAGGGGUUUAUUGAAUUUUAUUCUCGUAUUUAUUACCAAGGCAUUGAAUACAGGUGUCAUUACUAUCUACCAGUGUAUAACAAUGAUAUUUUAUUGUAUGUAAUAUUAGACAUAGUCAUACUAGAGAAAAAACCACCAAUUUUUUUCUGCCAAAAAUUACUAAAUGUAAGGUACGAUCCUCAUCUACUUGCUUACGAAAUUGAUCCUACCAAUUUAGGUGAAUUUUCAUUGAUAUUCACUGAAAAAAUACUUGGUCCACCUAUUACUCUUAUAAAAACUGCGCGGGGAAAAAAUAUGUUACGUAUUAAGGAGUAUUACAAAAAUAUCUAAUGACAUAAAAAUAAGUUAUAGUUUUCAAUAUUUAUGUAUACAGGGUGUCCCAGAAAUAAGUGCAAGUAUUUUAACUGGUAGUACCAGUAAGGCAGUAUGGUACUACCAGUAUGGUACCAGUAUGGUAGUAUAGUUCAACCCCAGAAACACGCCUAUGAGGUUUUUUUUGCAAGUUUUUUGAAAAAAAUUUUGGAUU